AAAAGAGAAAAGAUGUUCUUAAGAGCCACAUCAAAAAGAGACAUAAAUGUGAAUUGACAUCUUGAUACAAUUACAGCUUUGACAGAAGCUUUAACCCAGAGAGCUGGGAAGAGAACUUUGCCAUGAGUCGAUGAAACUGAAUGCACCUUGUCCCCAGGAUCUGUUCCAUUUAAUGAUUUUUUUUUCGAGAACACACAAACUAAAUUGGUGUCUGUGGUCUAAGACUGACUAGAACAUACUAAGUGUAAGCACAUCCAACCCUUGCACUAUGGGGAACAAUGGGCAUUGCAAUUAUGGAAAGAGAGACUGAGCAUUAGUGCGAAUGUUACAGAUUACACUCAAGAAAAUUGCACUCAUGUUCCACCAAGUCACUAUUUUGGAUUAAGUAAUAUUGUAAUGAUUCUAAACUAUUUCAACAGUCACAUUAGUUCUGAAUCAGCUCAGAAACUAAUAUGAAUAAUGCUUUUAAUGUUAGAAUUGUUUCUAACAUGUUAGAAUACGGUAUAGAAUAUUUAGAAAGUCAAAGGUUUGAAAUUGUUCUCAAAUUGUUUGAAAGGUUUCGAAAAUGUUAGAAUAAAAUGCAACAAACACCAACGCAGUUAUGUGGAAUUGACUUUAUCAACGUAAUAUAUACAGGUAUGACAAUAAUUUCAUAAAGUAUCAUUCACUAUCAAAUAUGAUCGGGAGAAAUAUUCUAAAUUUCAGUACACCCCCUGGAACAUAGUGGGACGGCCCAAAUCACUUUACUGACCUUUGAACUCUAAAGCCGCCAUUUUCUCAGAUCGUGUUCGUGGAAACAGACGAAAGGACAUUCUUUUAAUGUCGUUUCUUGCUUUCCGGAAUUUCCAAUACCACCACAGGUAGAAAUAGCCAUGUCCCAGGACGUGACCUUGACCCCUGACCCCCGACCCCUGGGUCUGUCCCAGGACGUGACCUUGGCGGUUCUCCCCAGACUGUACAUGGAGGAAGUGGUGUCUGAACUGGGCAGGAGAAACAUCAGCACCGGGGACGUCAACAACAAGGAGCUGCUGGUGGCUGUGCUGAGGGUUGUCAUGGAGAAGGAAUACAGCGGGACGGCAGUUCUGUACGAGAAGGCAAACAUCGUGGUGUCAAAGUCGAGUCAAGGAAAAACUAUGUCAGCGAAAAUUUGUGGACAGGAACGGGUGGAUGUUUCAAGACUGCAUCUCCUAUCAGCUGCAGGAUCUGGAAAAAGGUCACAAGCACAAGAGUCAGCAAACCCAGAACAGCCUCAUGUACCCAACAGACACUCUGGUAAACAAUGGACCACCCCUGCUACAUCACCUGCACCUGUGCAACAAUGGACCACCCCUACCUCAGCACCUACACCUGUACAACAAAAGACCACCCCUACAUCAGCACCUACACCUGUCCAACAAAGGACCACCCCUACCACAGCACCUGCACCUGUCCAACAAAGGACCACCUCUACCUCAGCACCUACACCUAUCCAACAAUGGAUCACCCCUGCCUCAGCACCUGCACCUGAGCAGCAGUGGACCACCUCCUCCUUAACACAGAUGGUACAGUCCACUAUGGCAGAAGUGGAUAACUUUGUUGAUGGAGGAUCCUGUUCAUCCUCUGACACAGAGGAACCAGGGAUGAUACAUACACCACAGGUGAAAUACACAAAACGAGCAAGCAAAGAUGGUGCCAAGCAGCUGAAACAUUGUCCUCAGUGUGAUUAUACAUCACUGGAUUCCUCCAACUUCAGAAAUCAUGUCCUCAGACACUCCAACAAGAAACCAUUCAAGUGUUCUCAUUGUGACUAUGCCGCAAGAACAAAACAUAUUCUUCGUAAGCACAUGGUUAUCCAUACCGGAGAAAAACCCUUCAGUUGCAAGUCUUGUGAUUUCAAAACAGCACACAAAAAUUCCUUACGGACCCACAUGAAAACGCACACAGGAGAGAAGCCGUACAUGUGUGAGGUGUGUGGACACAGGUCAGCUCAGGCCGGUGCUCUACGAAUACACAUCUUGACAUUACACCACAAAGAACAUAUCAAGUGUCGCAUCUGUGGAUAUGUGGCAAAAAAGGCUUCCCAUCUACAAGCUCACAUGAAAACCCACACUGGGGAGCACAGGUGUGACUUUGAAGGAUGCAACUUCACGACAACAAUGCAACAGAAACUUCAGGAGCAUCAGAAAGUCCACAUGAAAGACAAACCAUUUGCCUGCAAUCAGUGUACUUUCCAAAGCCACAACAAGUACAGUUUGAUUGAUCACAUGAAAACUCACACAGGGGAGAAACCCCAUGCCUGUGACCAGUGUGAUUACAGGUCAGUAGCUUCAUACGAACUCUUCAAACACAAGCGUACAAAUCACGGAAAGAAAUUCUGGCCAUGUGACGUCUGUGGUCGUCAAUGUUGUUCUGAAGCCCUUUUGGAGAGGCAUAAAGAACGACACAGCUAUGAGCAGGGCAAGGGGGUCUAUGUCUGCAAAGAAUGCAACUACAGAACAUUUGAUUUCAAGACACUGAAAGAGCACAUGAGAGUCCAUACUGGUGAAAAGCCAUAUGCCUGUGACAAGUGUGAUUACCGAGCAGCUGUGCAAUACAACCUGAGGUCGCACAUGGCAAGGAAACACAGUUCAGAAAGGCCAUUCAAAUGUCCGCACUGCAACCAUUGUACAAAGACAAAAGAUGAUCUGAAAUCCCAUAUAAAAAAUAGACAUAAAGGUGAAAUAACAUCUUAGAUUUGGCAUUGACAGGAGAGUUGUUUUGUCUGAAAUGUUUUGUAAUGAAGGGAAAAUACAGAUGCACCAUUUGUUUACCAUAAUUUGCUCUUCUCACAUUCAUAUGCAGAUACUUAGACAAGCUUAAGUGAAUGCCGUAACAUUCAUUACAUGUCUAGUGAAGGAACACCUAUGAUCUGAUGACAUCGAGUUGAAUUCAAAUUAUUCAUAUAAAGUACAUUCUAGCAGUAGUUUGUGGACAAACGUUUCAGUAUUGAUAGUAGAAUUCAGUAAAAGUAGGAAGAACUGGAGUUCCACAACCGAUGAUAUUUCAAUGAGAUGCACAAUUGAAAUGAGAUGCAAAGAAGUCUUUUAGCAGAAUUUGUAUUGAAUUCAUUAUCUUUAGAUAUCCACUAGGAAGUUAUUGUAACAUUUCCUCAUUAAUUCUGAUGUUAAGAUUUACAUAAUGUAUGAUAUUCAACAUGAAUAUGUCAUCAUCUACUGGUUACCAGUGAGUAACUAUGCAGUUUCUCAUUAAUUUUGCAAAUUAGGUCAUGAUUAGCAUUAUUGACAUCCAUUGAUGUUCCUCUCGAACAUUUUACACUUGUCCUAUCAUUUUGCACAAUUUUUCUCCAUUUGUAUCGUUGCAGGGCAAUAUUUUGCAUAAAGCUGUCUGUAUAUAUGGAAAUACUUUACA